AUGGAUGAAAAUGCAAACCUUGAUGAGAAUUUCGACCCGGACAUGGAAGUAUUCAUUUCUUACUUUGAAAACCUUGAUAUGAUGGAUGAUUAUGAUAUUUAUGAAGAUUACACAAGUGAAACAUAUGGGAAUGUAGAUGUCAGUUUAAACUUGGGUGUAAUUACUUGUCAACCUCAUUUAAACCCACAAAAAGCACAAUUUGAGCCUCUAGAUGAACCAGAACAGCAGCUUAGUGAACAUGAUGAACAUCUUAGUGAACAACCAGAAGUUCAACCAAAUGAACUACCUCAACCAGAAUGUUAUGAAGCUCAACCAAAACCACAAACCAAUGAACAAAGAGAACCAGAUUUACAAGAAGCUGAAGCAGAACAAGCACAGACCCAAAGUAGGGAAAUAAGCAUUGAAACCAAAAAGUUAAUUGUUCAAAAGUUAAGUUGUCGUUGUGAACCACCAACUAGAACAUUGCCUAAGGGAUCUAUAAAGGCAACUGUACUUGCAAAUAAUGUUUCACGGUGGAUGGUUUGGAGACUUUGGGAGAGUGCCAAAAAUGCAAUGGCCAAUGGUAAUGUUAUUGAUGUUAGUAACAAAAAGAGGGGAAGGGUAGGAAGGAAAAAAAAUGUUUUUAAUAUGGAUACACUUAAUGCCUUCCAAAUUGAAAAAAGAACCACAAUUAGGUCAAUCGCUAAUGAAAUGAAAAUGGGACAUUCACAAGUAUAUAGAAUGUUAAAAGCAGAAGACCUUAGAUCCCACACAAAUUCCAUCAAACCAAAGCUUUCACAUGAACACAAACUUAGGCGACUUAACACAUUACCGAAAUUCAGUCUGAUGUACAACAUCGUACACAUUGAUGAGAAGUGGUUUUAUAUGAGCAGAGAGACACAACGAUUUUACCUAUUCACAUGGGAAGAGGAAGAGCCAUAUAGGUGUGUUCAAAACAAGAAUUUCAUAGGAAAGGUCAUGUUCAUAGUUGUUGUUGCUAGGCCACUUGUUAACACUAACGAGGACAUAUUGUGGGAUGGGAAAAUAGGCAUCUUCCCUUUUACAGAGACACAAAUGGCAAUCAAAAGUUCAAGCAACAGGCAAGUAGGUACACCAGAAUUCAAAGCAAUUACAAGAGUCACAAAGGAUGUCAUCAAGGAAAAGUUAAUUGCUAAAGUGUUACCAGCAAUCAGAUCAAAAUGGCCAGCAAAUGGAGUUAGGGACAUAUGGAUUCAACAAGACAAUGCAAGGCCACACUUAUUAACAACUGAUCAUGCAUUUAAUGAAGCUGCAACACAAGAUGGGUUCAAUAUUAGGCUAGUUUGUCAACCAGCUUCUAGUUCUGACAUGAAUAUUUUGGAUUUAAGUCUUUUUAAUGCUCUUCAGUCAAUUCAAUUUAGAGAAUUUCCUAGAGAUUUGCCAACUUUAAUUAAUGCAGUAACUGAUGCAUACGAUACUUUUAAUCCAAAACUUUUGAAUUACUCAUGGAUUCAAUAUCAGUUAUGCAUGCUUGAGGUACUUAAAGUAGGGGUGGUAAUAAUUACAAGCAACCACACAUGGGAAAGAAAAGGUUGGACAGGCUAG